AACAGCUGUCAAUCUUCCGAUUUCUGAAGAUAUUUUAUAUUUAUUUUAGGCCUAUUUCUUUCUUAUUAAUUGUAACAGAUUUUGAUUUAGGUGCUCGAGUUAGAGUUAUCAGAGUAUUACAAAUAUCUUUAGGGUCUAUGUAGGGAAUGUCAUACACUGAGCUUGAACAUGGAUAUCAAGGGUUGCGACAAGCCACUCAACCACAAUUCUACGUCGGAGAUGAUGGAAAUCUUGUCCAGUUAAGGUCACCCGGCGAAUUGGAUCUGUGCGAGUCGCUAGACCCCCAUUGCGAUGGCGGGAAAAAAGUGGUGGUGGGGGUGUGUGCCAUGGCCAAAAAGUCGCAGUCUAAGCCCAUGAAGGAGAUCUUGACGCGGCUUGACGAAUUCGAAUACAUCAAGAUGCUCGUCUUCCCAGAGGAGGUUAUCUUGAAGCAACCGGUGGAGGAGUGGCCAAUCUGCGACUGUCUCAUCUCCUUCCACUCCAAGGGCUUCCCGCUGGACAAGGCCAUCCAAUACGAGAAGUUACGGAAGCCCUAUGUUAUAAAUAAUCUGCACAUGCAGUAUGACAUUCAGGAUCGAAGAAAAGUAUACGCGAUAUUAGAGAGUGAAGGAAUAGAAAUACCAAGAUACGCUGUUUUAGAUAGAGAUUCGCCAGAUCCUAAGCAUCACGAACUGGUGGAGUCUGAGGACCACGUGGAGGUGAACGGUGUGGUGUUCAACAAGCCCUUCGUGGAGAAGCCAGUCUCGGCGGAGGAUCACAAUAUCUACAUUUAUUACCCCACGUCCGCUGGAGGCGGCAGCCAACGGCUCUUUAGAAAGAUAGGAAGUCGCAGUAGCAUAUAUUCACCAGAAUCCAGAGUUCGGAAAACUGGAUCGUUUAUUUAUGAAGAUUUUAUGCCCACGGAUGGCACCGACGUAAAGGUAUACACGGUCGGUCCGGACUACGCGCACGCGGAGGCGCGCAAGAGCCCCGCGCUGGACGGCAAGGUGGAGCGAGACUCGGAGGGCAAGGAGAUCCGCUACCCGGUCAUACUGUCCAACCAGGAGAAGCUCAUCUCCAGGAAGGUGUGCCUCGCCUUCAAGCAGACUGUCUGCGGGUUUGACCUGCUCAGAGCAAACGGCAAAUCCUUCGUGUGCGACGUCAACGGCUUCUCAUUCGUGAAGAACUCGAACAAAUACUACGAUGACUGUGCGAAGAUACUAGGGAAUAUGAUACUUAGGGAACUGGCUCCAACGUUGCAUAUCCCGUGGUCGGUGCCAUUCCAGUUGGAUGAUCCGCCCAUAGUGCCUACGACGUUCGGCAAGAUGAUGGAGCUGAGAUGCGUCGUGGCUGUUAUCAGGCAUGGAGACCGCACACCUAAACAAAAGAUGAAGGUCGAAGUAAGGCAUCCUAGAUUUUUCGAGAUCUUCGAGAAGUACGACGGCUUCAAGCGUGGACACGUGAAGCUAAAGAAGCCCAAACAGUUGCAAGAGAUCCUGGACAUCGCGCGUGCGCUGUUAGCAGACAUACACACCAGACACGCCGACCCUGAGAUCGAGGAGAAACAGGGGAAACUGGAGCAACUCAAGAGUGUGCUCGAAAUGUAUGGCCACUUCUCGGGUAUCAACCGCAAGGUGCAGAUGAAGUACCAGCCCCGCGGCCGCCCCCGCGGGUCCAGUUCUGACGACGGUAACGCGCCCCCGACGCACGUAGGUGGCGCGGGCGAGCCGUCGCUGGUUCUAAUCCUCAAGUGGGGCGGCGAACUGACUCCCGCUGGACGGAUCCAGGCGGAGGAACUCGGCCGCAUGUUCCGCUGCAUGUACCCGGGGGGACAGGGCCGACAUAUUCCUGGUGAAGGCGGCACCCAAGGCCUGGGCCUGCUGCGUCUCCACUCAACGUUCCGCCACGACCUGAAGAUCUAUGCGUCAGACGAGGGUCGCGUGCAGAUGACGGCCGCAGCCUUCGCCAAGGGAUUGCUGGCGUUAGAAGGGGAACUCACGCCAAUUCUCGUGCAGAUGGUCAAGUCCGCCAAUACUAACGGAUUGCUGGAUAACGACUGUGAUUCGUCUAAAGUUCAGAACAUGGCCAAAGCCCGUCUCCACGAGGCGAUGCAGGUAGACCGCGAUUUCACCGAUGAAGACCGCGCGCGCAUCAACCCGUGCGCGUCGUUAUCCAUCACGGCCGCUAUGGAAUUCGUCAAGAAUCCCGUCCGAUGCUGCGCGCAUGUGCACACGCUCAUACAGCAGCUCGUGCGCAUUGUCAUCACCAAACGGGACGAUCCUAAGACUAAAGACACGAUUCUCUACCACGGCGAAACAUGGGAGCUGAUGGGUCGUCGGUGGGGCAAGAUAGAGAAGGACUUCUGUACUAAGAACAAGACUUAUGACAUCUCCAAGAUCCCAGACAUCUACGACUGUAUCAAGUACGACCUGCAACACAACCAGCACACGCUGCAGUUUGAUCUUGCUGAAGAGCUGUAUAUCUAUGCCAAGUACUUGGCUGAUAUUGUUAUACCUCAGGAAUAUGGAUUAACAAUGCAAGAGAAAUUGACAAUCGGUCAAGGCAUUUGCACACCUCUGCUAAAGAAGAUAAGAGCGGAUUUGCAAAGAAAUAUUGAGGAGUCCGGCGAGGAGACUGUCAAUCGAUUGAAUCCAAGGUACAGUCACGGGGUGUCGAGCCCCGGUCGGCACGUGCGCACGCGCCUGUACUUUACCAGUGAGAGUCACGUACACUCGCUGCUCACUGUACUUAGAUUCGGAGGGUUGCUUGAUGUAUUGAAAGACGAGCAGUGGCGGCGAGCUAUGGAGUACGUGUCGAUGGUGUCGGAGCUCAACUACAUGUCCCAAAUAGUCGUCAUGUUGUACGAAGACCCCACUAAGGACCCCUGCUCGGAGGAGAGGUUCCACGUGGAGCUGCACUUCAGCCCGGGCGUGAACUGCUGCGUGCAGAAGAACUUGCCGCCCGGGCCCGGCUUCCGUCCGCACUCCCGGAACCACUCCACCACCAACAACUCCAGUUCUUCAGACGAAGUGAAAUGUAUAGAAGAGGAAGGCGAGGAUGAUCAGAUGGCGAGUCAGGAGACUUUACAACCUGAUAACACCGAUGACAUGGAUGGCGCAUUUUCUCCGAACAAAAUAUCGAAGUCAAAACUGAGACCUUCCGAUCCAAUACCUAUUUGUAAUCUUCACUACACGGUGAGCGGGCACGAGGCGUCGACGCUGGCGGCGCGGCUCAACGCAGAGCUGCGCGCACGCAGCCACACUUCUAAUGAUUCACGGGAUCAUGCGCAAAGCGAAGAAAAAGAGUCUAAAGAGUCGGAAGAGCCGCAGCCUCGAGCAAGGAGUUACGACCAGCAUAAACAGACCCAUGACAAUGGGCGGCGCCAGCGACACAGCAUCGCCGGCCAGAUGAGCUACCUCAAGAUGCUGGGGCUGGGCGCGCGCGGCAAGCUGCCGGGCGCCGCGGGGCUGUUCAGCACGGCCGUCAUCUCCGGCUCCAGCUCGGCGCCCAACCUGCGCGUCUGCAUACCCUCCGCCGCUGCCAACAACACAGCGUUGGAAGGGUUCUGCGGGGUGCCGGCGAUCCGUCCGCUGGAGACGCUGCACAACGCGCUGUCGCUGCGGCAGCUCGACGCGUUCCUGGAGCGCGUGACGGCGGCGCCCGUGCUGCUCGGGACGCCGCCCCCGCCGCCGCCCAAACAGCCCUCGCCUACCAACAGUGUAGGCUGGAGUGGUCCUUCAUCUCUGAUGUCAUCGUCGGGUGAGCUGCCCAGUGGUUUAUCCUCCGCCGGGCCAUCCUCGCCCAACUCCAACUAUGCCUCCAACUCUGACCACAAAACCACCGUCUCCGACUGUAGCAACUGGGGUAGAGUGGGGGCCGGCAAGCUCCCACAGUGGGACGGCGAGGCCGCCACGCUGUGCGCGCUCGACUCGGGCCUGCACCCUUUCAUGCCGCACAAUGUAGCAGGUUCAUCUAUUAGCGGCGACGUGACUCCGGUGUCCAUUGCUUCGGAGUUGGAGUUCAACAGCAACGAGGCAACUGCCGGCUCCAUCACCGACCACGAUCUUAUGAGUGCAGAAGGCGAAGACGACGAGGAGACUCUGUCGGCGGAACCGUGCGGUUCCCCGGUGCGCGUCAUCAGGAACGACCUGAGCCCGCCGCCGCGCGACGCCUGCCCGCCCUCCACCAGCGCCGCAGACUUCUACGGGCUCAACCUCCAGCAAACCAAGGACACCUUCUACAAAGACAUGCCAUCCAGUAGCAAAAACUUCAACCUAGAAUUAGACGUCAAAAACAAAUGCUCGAAAGACGCGCAAUUCACGAGCAACCUUGAGUCCUUGAAUUUGCAAAGCAAAGACAACAAAAGUAAAAGCAAGAAGAGCGAGAUAUUGAACAACGAAAGUAGGAGAUUUAGCGACAGUAGUGCGCAGAAGAGCAACAAUACGUUUCAAGUGUCGGGCAGCAGGUUCAAGACUACUCUGGUUGCCGAGGACACGCUGCGGCCCGGUACCUCCAGCGAGAGUAAGUGUAACAAUAACCUUCUUGAGCCGAGUCCGAGCGACCCCAACGCUCCGAUGGUGACCAAGGCUAAAAACUCGAAUGUCAAGCCAGGCUUCACAAUAAGUGAUAGCUAAAAAGAAAAAGUAUAAAUGUGAUAAUCAAUGUUGUUCCACGAUGCGUGAAAGAAUCUCAUCCGUAGUGCAUUCCUUCGUAAAUAGAUCUUCCAGAAUUCAUUGACAGAUUACCUUAGCACAGUAAGAUAAUAUCUAGUAGGCAGGUCCUUUGUUGCCAUCCAUUUAACAGUAUAAGGGAAUUUUGGCUAAAAGUAACUGCAAUGAAUUGUGGAUUUACAAUAAACAUGUGAUAAGUUACAUGAUAUAUAGGAAAUAUUAAAUGUGUGUAGAUGGCACAUGUGGCCCGCAUGAAACAAGGGUAAUAGUGUAAGUAGUGCGCUAUUUGUGAUAGAAUUACAUUAUGCUUAUUGUUAUUCAUUUUCUUGUUGUUUGGAGGCUAUUUUCAAGUUAUUAUGUACUUAUCUCUUUUAUUGUUAGGAGGAUUAUGAAUGUAUGAUAUGCUUACACUUUUAUAUAUAUUCAUUUAUUGUGGACAAAAUUUUUGAUUUGACUUUUAAAUUGCGAUAAAAUUUUCAGAUAAGGAACAUCACCCAGAUUCAGGAGGCUUUUCUAAGUAGUAUUUCAACUUGUAUAAUGCAAUUACACCAGUUUUCAAACCAGUGUAUCACAAUGAGCUCUUGUAAACAAGUGUAUUAGAUUUAAGGAUUUUAUGUAAAAAAAAAUAUACAUCAAUUAUACUGCUGAUCUCUA